AUGGACCGUCGCAAACGGAAAACAUGUGACGCUGUACAGAAUACGCACAGCCGCGCCAUUGACGGGCGAGAUGGCUUCUCGCAGACGGAUAGUGUUACCGCUGGAAAUGAUAAUACACCAUUCGAAUUAGAUGCUCUAGUAUCUGAGAUGGUCACACCCGAGUCAAGGACUGAUGAUCCUCGUCCUCCCGAAACAUCUUUGCGUGAGCGGUUAUCUUUAGGGCCAGAGCAGUCAUCAAAAGUUGACGUGGGCGAGACCUCCGCUAUGUCGUUCUUACAUUUCCUCCGGAAAACUGUCAAGGCCUAUGUGGGCUCGGUGCCUUUUACGGAUGCGGAGCGACACCACAUCGUUAUUGACACCGAUUGUUGUUCUACAAUAGAGGCCGAUGAAAAUAUCGAGCCGAAGAGAAUACAUACAUGGAUAGAUUUUUACAAUGAAGCAACAAGCGGAAUUCUGGAUCUCUUCACAGCCCAUGAGGUAGAAACCUUACUAGCAGCACACAUCUCUUCGCGGCAGUCCGCAUCUAUUGCAGCUGUGAGGCGGGAGGACGUCACAGCGAUAGGUGUUGCCCUAGCUAUUGGUGCCCAAGUUAGAGGAUCAGAUGGAGACUCCGAGAUAGCGAACGGGUACUUCCGUCGUGCACGGCAGGCAGCGUUCAACGACAUGCUGAUGGGCCAGAAUAUCGGAACAGUACGGCUUUUUCUGUUGAUGGCAUUUUAUAUGCUUGGCGCCUGUCAUCGCAAUGCCGCAUCGAUGUUUCUUGGGGUAGCUGCACGAGCAGCCAUAAUCCUAGAGCUCCAUACCUUUGAAGGUUACAGCAGUACGCUCUCUAAUGAAGAUUAUGAAAGCAGGCCGAGAAGCCUCCCCCUAGUGCCAAGUAUGCCGGACACGAAUGAGGAAGUAAACCUUCAGUCAGCAUUCUAUGCCGUUGGCAACGGAUGCACCUUGCUCAAUAACAUCGUCGACACACUCAGCAAGGGCGGACUUCUUGAUGUCCCCACGGCCGAGGGCCUGCUUUCCCAACUCCGGAAAUGGAGUAGCGGCCUACCCACAGGCCUCCGCCAGUUCCGGAGUGUUUCCCAUAGCUUACCAUUCCUCGAACCUGGAGAUCGACAGCGACUUGUUGGAAGCAUUCAUGUUUCCUGCCUAUACUAUUUUGCGGUAAUUCUCGUAACCCGGCCAUAUCUGAUCGCGUAUCUCACGUCGCGUCUUCGUGGAAAAGCACCGGACCAUUUGAUCAGUGACCCGGACGAGGCCUCUGAUGUCGCUAUAAAGAACAACAAAGUAUCGAAAUUGGCCCAGACAUGUGUCGGCGGGCAAAAUCGGCAGGGCUCGUUUUUCGAAACUUUUGCCUCCUCAAGCUUCUCCAAGUUUGCUGCAGAGCCACGCCGUGACAUUGAGAGUCUCUUCAACAGCAGCUUACAUCUUCUCGAUGAUAUUGGCCGCACUAGCCCGCAGGCCCAGCUUUAUCAUCAGAUCUUGACUAGCCUCAAUGAUGCAGUGGCAAAGUUCCGCAACCGUGUCGCGGGAGAGGUUUACCGCACGGUUCAGGACUAUAUGGACCAGAUCCUAAUGAUAGACCCAAACAUGGACGGAGAUACUAUUGCGCGCUCCAAGGAUAGUGAGGAUUCGUACCCUGGCUGGAGCGAUGAUUGGCUGGCGGGUGCAAUACGGGGUGUUGAGACAGGCGACAUUGCCUUAGAUCCCGUCUCGAAUGGAACACAGGGCGCGCAGAUGUUCCGUGAUCCUGGUGACUGGGGAGAUAUAGAUAGUAUGGAACUGGGAGAUCAUCUGUUAAUGGACAUUGAGCCAUUUGAUCAGGUGUUUUAUACGGUCGAAUGA